CAAGCGUCUUGCCAGGACCUUGUACCGGUGUACUCUGGCUAGGAUAUCGCGACACUUCCUUAUCCCGCGCUGAGCGCAAUGGCGUUCAAUGUGUAUAGGCUUGGGCGCGGCUUCCGCGCAAUACUCGCUCCGCUCUCUGCUAUUGUCGGUUUCUCUUGCCUUCUCACUUUCCUCUUCAUUCUAUAUCAACCAACUCCCGGACCCGGCAUCCAACAGCGGCUAGGAUGGCAAUCCUGGGACGUUGUCGACCCUACGCUUCCUCUCGCGGACACGGACACAUCUAUCGACAUCGGAGCGGGGGACGACGACGUGCAGGCGGGGGGAGAUAUGCCAGCUGAAGACGGCGUCGACUGGUGGAAUGUCACCGCUCCUCAGGACUCUGUCGACUCGGCGAGCCUGCCGCUGGACGUGUGGGCACCGCUCCUACCGCAUGACACAGGACUAUCAGAAAUAGCUGUUACGCAGUGUUUCUUCAAUCCCAAGGUUGCUGGCAAGCUCUGCGAUCCCGACACAACACCGGAGAAGGAUGCCAUCAGGGGCAACUGGGUGCGCGUCGAUCGCAACCUCAACUAUGAAGCAAGCUACCUUGCUGGAUACCUCAACAUCUACUACAGACGUACACGCCGUCAGGAUAUCAACCUCGUCACUGAUCUCCAACUCCUUGGCAAAGGGGAGAGCCCCCCGGAUGCUGACGAUGGCACCUGGCUUAAGGUCGACAUGUCCCUCCGCACCGGCGUCAUGCGUGCCGCCCCUCUCUUCCUUUGGUACAAGACCGGGAAGCCCGCCGGCCAGAUGACUGCAGAGGAGCGCGCCAACAUCAUCACCGAACUCGACCUUCUCUACGGCGAAGACCGUCCCUGGUAUGGCUUCGAGAAGCUCGAGCCACCCACUACAGAGGCCAGCCCGCGCACCAUCCCCGCCUGGCUCACCUACCGCCGCGGCGCUAAAGCCGCUCCGCGCGCCCCGCCCCUGCAUUUCUCGCAUUCGGGCAAGUUCAAGAUUCUCCAAGUUGCUGACUUGCACUUCUCCGUAUCGCACGGCGUUUGUCGCGAUACCGACCGCGGCGACUGCGUGCAUGGCGACGACACCACGCUUUCCCUCCUGGACCAUGUACUUGAUGAGGAGCGACCUGACUUCAUCGUCUUCACCGGCGAUCAGCUGAACGGGCAGGGCACGUCGUGGGAUCCCAAGAGCGUGCUUGCCAAGUUUGCGAGGGGCGUGACGGACCGGAAUAUCCCAUGGGCGGCGGUGUACGGUAACCACGACGAGGAGAACGGUGCGGACAAGGAGGAACAGAUGCAGAUGAUGAAAGCGUUGCCAUAUAGCAUGGUCGAGCGUGGGCCGAAGGACGUGCAUGGGGUAGGGAACUACGUUCUCAAGGCCUUCAGCGCGGACGCCAGCAAGACGCACCUUCUUACCAUGUACUUCCUCGACUCGGGCUCGUACUCGAAGGGGUACUUCAACUGGUGGGGCAUGUUCCAGCCUACUGCGUACGAUUGGAUACGGCAGUCACAAGUCGACUGGUUCUUGCAACAGUCUGCCAAGAUUAAGCAGAUCCUGCGUCCUUUCGCGCCAGACGAUGGCAAGGACUUUGGCGAUGUCUGGCGUCGGCAGGACCAGGUCACUCCUUCUCAGCGUCGGAUAGCGAAGCCCAAUGCGCUCGUCUUCUUCCACAUUCCCCUCCCCGAAACCUAUAAUGACCCGGAUAAGGACCCCUUCACCGGCCUGCCCCUUGACAAGGGCGAGUCCGGCAACGAACUACCGGGUAACUCGAAGGAGAGCGACGGUUUCUUCGAGAAGGCUAUCCUUGGCUCGUUGGAAAGCGACCACACAGGCAAGGGUAGUGCUUUAGAGGUCAAGGCGAUAGGGAAUGGGCAUUGUCACUUAACGGACAACUGCCGGCGAGUCAGCGGCGUCUGGAUGUGUUUUGGUGGAGGAGGCUCGUACUCUGGAUAUGGGAGACCUGGCUUCGACCGACGCUUCCGCGUAUAUGACAUCUCAGACUUUGGCGAGACCAUCCGGACGUAUAAGCGGACCGAGCACGACGAAAUCAUUGACGACAUGAUCCUUGCGGGCAAGGGUGCGCCAGAGAUAUGAGGAGACAGCCUGAGCUUGACACGCACCUGAAUCGGUGAGGUGCUUUCGUCGACCGUUGAUUAGACGCUUGCUCUUACAGAGAGAGGGGUGAAGGAUGUGAUGUAUUUAACCAUAUCUGAGGAAAUACCUAUGUACAGUAUUGUGGAACAGAGGAUACCUGUGUGCAACUU